UAUUAUAUACUCAAACAGGCGACACUUUUGUGGCAGAUCAAUUAAUAAAUUCUCGUUGAUAGAACCACACAAGUUGAUAGAGUUUGGCGAGUUUUUCACUCUUUUUAUACAAGAGAAAUGGCGCCCAGGAAACGGAAAGGAUCAUCUUCUGCAUCAGUUGUCGGAGCUGGCGGAGACGGGCCCACGCGUGCAAAGCGCCCAAAACUGGAGCAGCUGAAGCAAGUGGAACUAAUGGACUUGCCGCUUGGUCCAUUGCAUCUAAUCAUAUCGAAAGUAGAUCCCGAUAAACAGCAUAUAUUGCGCCAUGCAUCCAAUCAAUUAAAAGUGGAGCACUCGGACUGCAUGUUGCAUAGCUACAAAUCGUUUGCCAACUUUCAUUUGCGCCAACAGCAUGGAAACGAUGACCAGAACAUGCGAAACUUUGUGAUGCAGGUUCUGGCACAGUCCACCGAUUACUUCAUCAACUCUGGCUAUGAUGCAAUAUUUACUGGCAAACUGAUGAAAUUUUACAAGCAACUGACGACUGGCGAGGAGGCCAUCGAUGUCACACAGAUGCAUCAAUUUCUGCACGAGUUCUAUCACAAUCUAGAGUGGACGCCAGCCGAGUGGCCAAAGGGUGCCGCAGCCCGUAUACGUCUAAAUCAGCGCCGGCUAGUUCAAACUAUGACGCUUCUGAAUCUCUUACGACAAUUUCGCAAAUUUCGCGUUGUCAGCUCGGCCAUGAAUCUGAUGCACUGGCAACUUCAGCUGGAGGUGUUGGGCGUGCAUUUUGGCAUCCAAGAGAAGGACACAAUUGCCAGCGAGGAAGAGAAACUCUUCGACUUUUUGACCAUUAUCGCUGAGCUGUUGGUUUUUGACAAGGCCAAAAGUAAUGUGAGCCGCUUCAUUGAAAUUGGCACCAGCGUCUACGUCUAUGGCCUCAAGGAGCAGACCCUAUCGGCCCGUUGUCCCAAGCUCAGUCUCAAGUUCAGCGUGUUGGCUCCAGUCGCAUUGCGUGCCCUGCUUGAGGACGUGAUCAACGGCAAAGUGGACAUGACAAAGGCUGUGCGCUGUCCACUGGUGGACACAUUCAGCAUUCAAUUGGAAGUGAAGAGCAGACAGGUCAAUUUAUGGGGUGGCAACAGUCGCAUGGAGAUCUGUAUAGUGCCCCUCCAUUAGCUAAGACCCUGCUGAGUUUAGCUAAUUAUAUAUUUAAUUUUGUUAACACUUUUAUGAAAUAAAA